AUGGCGGCUGUUUCUUCUCCAAUCAUGUACAAAGAGCCUAUAUCGCCCACCAUUUCAAAGCGUUCGAGACCAUCCAUACCCGAGUCAAAGAAAUCGAGAGCCGUGGGAGGUUUCGUACUUGAGGAUGAUUCCGAUAGUGACAAUGAUGUUGCCCAAGAAGAGCCUGCGUCGAAGCGGAGAAUGUUGGAAUCACCCGGCUUACCAAGUCCGGACAGAGACGACGAAGUUUCCAGAGAAAGUACCAUGAAAAUUAGCGGAGAAGGUCGCGGACAAUCUACAAUUCAAUCGGUAUUAGAUUCUAUGCUGCAAGAACCAGACGGAUUCGAUAGCGUCACCGAGGCCACGCUUCCCACCUAUAAUUCCGAGUCUAUUGCUAUGGAUGCUAUUUCUGCUAUGCCAUCUGUUAUCGCUAGUCGGCAGCUCAAGCGUUCGGACGCCAUGACGUGCUCUGGAAAAUCAGUAUCUGUAUCAAAAAAGGGACCAGCCAAACCAGUUUCCUUCGAACAACUCAUCGCUGCUAGGUCAACAACAAAAGCCGGGCGUGCAAAGAAGAGUUAUUAUGGCAUCGAUAUUCAUGAUCUUAUUGAGGAAUCUGCCAACGAAGCCAAAACGCCGGAAACGACAAAACCGAAGGAAGUGGAUAAUGUGUUGCCUACGGUAGAACAUAAUGGUACAACAUCAAGACCGCGACGGACGCUGAUGUGGACAGAGAAGUAUAGGGCCAGGCAUUUCAUGGAACUCGUAGGCGACGAUAGGACCCAUCGUCAAGUUCUGAAAUGGCUAAAAGCCUGGGAUCCUCUUGUUUUUCCGAAGAGUGGAAAAGCAAAGCCAAUUGCGCCAAAACAUCCAAGCGCCAUGGUUGGUGAUGAGAAAACACACAGGAAAAUUCUACUUCUUACUGGACCUCCUGGUCUAGGGAAAACCACGCUCGCCCAUGUUUGUGCACGCCAGGCUGGGUAUGAGAUUAUGGAAAUUAACGCAAGUGACGAAAGGAGUAAAGAUGUAGUCAAGGGUAGAAUUCGAACAAGUGUAGGCACCGAAAGUGUCAAGACGGGAUCCACGGUCACUUCAAAGUCAGGUCAUGUACAGAAGAACGCCCAUCCAUUAUGUGUAGUAGUGGAUGAGGUAGAUGGUGUCGUUGGUGGUUCUGGUGGCUCUGGUGAGGGCGGCUUUGUGAAAGCCCUCAUUGAUCUUAUACAACUGGAUCAGAAGAAUUCGGCAGGGGUCACCUCAAACCCAGGGUAUGCCAAAAAGAAGAAAAAGGGGGACGAUUUCCGAUUGAUGCGGCCUUUGAUCUUAAUUUGCAACGAUGUUUAUCAUCCCUCUCUUCGCCCCUUACGACAUUCAAAUCUGGCAGAAAUUAUUCACGUACGGAAGCCUCCAAUUGAUGCAGUCAUUGCUCGUAUGAAAGCUGUGUUCGAGAAGGAAGGUGUGUCUUGCGAUAACGAUGCCGUUCGAAGACUUUGCGAAGCUACUUGGGGCGUAAGUGCUGCCGAGUCACGGAAAGGACGAGAGGGUACCGGCGAAGGUGAUCUACGAGGCAUCAUGGUAGUCGGGGAAUGGGCAGCCACAAAACUAAAAUCAUCAAGUAAGGAUGGUAAGGCACGAUUGACGCGGAAAUGGGUAGAACAGAAUAUGACAGGUGAUCUCUCUCAUGGAGGUGGUGGGGCAAGAGGUGUCGGAAGAGGCGGGGCCAAAGAACUUGUUAAUCGAGUCUUUCUAGAAGGCGCCGGGUUUCCAAAGCCUUCACAUUAUGAUCCAGCAUCUAGCAACUCCACAGAGCAACCCAAAUCACAAUUGGGGGUUGCAGAACUCGCGAAGAAAUCCGGCAUGGACAGGCUGCGGGAGAUGGUGGACACCAGUGGAGAAAUCGAUCGCAUUGUUACAGACAUUUGGUCGCAAUAUCCAAGUCAGCCAUUCAACGACGAUUCAAUAUUGUCUAAACCACAUGCCGCCUACGAGUGGUUACACUUCCACGACUCUUGCUCAUCUCGCGUCUUCACACGGCAAGAAUUUGAGCUGGCACCUUAUCUCAGUCAACCAGUACUCGCCUGCCAUCAUCUGUUCUCAUCGCCCGCUCGCCACUACUUUGGAAAUAGUAACGACACCAAGAAAUGGGGUGAAGAAGAGGAGGCAGAAGAAAUCCUGCCUUUCACAGGGCCACGAGCUGACUAUGAAGCUUUCGAAGCGGAAAAGAACAAUAGAGCAACCAUAGUUGCUAUGCAAGCAAGUUUGGACCCUCCGUUACUGCGAAGUUUCAGAAGUCCUGAAGACAUAGCAACAGAUCUGCUGCCGUCCCUUAUCAGGAUCAUUACGCCAGAGGUGAAGCCGAUUAUCGUUGGAGGUAGUGGUGAGCAGAAGGGCAUUGCUAGUGUCAGGAAGGAAGCUGAAAAGGCAAUGGUAAAGCGGGCCGUGGAUGUCAUGGGCGAUGUAGGUGUCAUAUUCGAGCGUGGUAAACUGGACGGCGAUUUUGGAAGUCGGGCGACGCAGUGGGUGUAUCGCAUGGAACCACCGUUAGAUAUGCUGGUCACUUUUGAGACGGCUCCAACGCCAGCCUCGGCCGCUGCGCCCGUACGAUAUGCUGUCCGACAGGUUUUGGAUCAAGAGUACCAGAAGAACAUCAUCGUUCGUGAGAACUCAGCGCGUCAAGCCCGCUACAGGGCCGGCAAUCUCAACGACGAUGUUGAUUUUGCGUUUGCAAAGUCUAAGGAGAACAAAGGUCAUCAUGCCGAGGAAACAGUUAUUGGACCCAAGAAAGACUUCUUUGGCCGCUUGGUAAAGGAAGAUCCAUUGCCGUUACAGGAAAUUGACGGCAAUCCUAUAUUGGAUACGAAGAAGGGGAAGAGUGGGAAAGACGAGAAGAAGAUAUGGGUUACUUACCAUGAAGGGUUUUCCAAUGCCGUUAAGAAACCCCUUACGGUGGAGGAAUUGUUUAAAGGACUGUAG